ACCCCAUCUCUCUGCCCCCCUCGGAGCACCUGCGCCACGUGCCGCGCGCGUCCGUCCGAGCCCGGACUCCCCGUUAGCGGUCCAGCCAAUCGCCGGGUUUCGACGACGCGGGCGGAGAAGCCGCGCUCGCGCUAUAAAAAGCGGCGGCGGCGCCGAGCGACUCGAAUGACACCCUCGUGAGUGCGGCGCGGCGCGUGGCUGGCUUUCGGCGCGCGCGUCCCCACAGCGCGGCACCUCGCACCAGCACGAGCCUCAGUCAGUGCCGCCAGCGGCGCGCGCUCCCCUCCGACUCCCGCGCCCCGUCCGACCGUCGUCGAGAAGCAAGCGUGCGGACCAUGCGCGUGUCCGCGUCACGCGCUCUCGUGCGCCUCGCCCUGCCGCUGCCGCUGCUGUUGCUGCUGGCCCUCUCCUCCUGUCCCCCGCCGGCUCUCGGUGACACCUCGGGCUCGGCCGGCGCCGCCGCCGCCACCACCGGGGCGCCCGCCGCGAACCCCGGGAAUCCCGGCGCCGGGAGCGAGCAGCAGUGCUCGGCGUGCGAGUCGCGACACCACAGCAAACUGAUGAGGCUGCAGGCGAUCAAGGCGCAGAUCCUGAGCAAACUGCGCCUCAAACAGGCGCCCAACAUCAGCCGGGAGGUGAUCCAGCAGCUCCUGCCCAAAGCGCCGCCGCUGCAGCAGCUGCUCGACCAGUACGACGUGCUGGGGGACGACAACCGGGACGGGCUGGUGGAGGAGGACGAGGAGCACGCGGUCACCGAGAGCAUCAUGGUGAUGGCCACGGAGCCCCAGGCCCUGGUCCAGGUGGACGGGGAACCGCGCUGCUGCUUCUUCUCGUUCAGCCCGCAGCUGCAGCCGGCGCGCGUCCUCAGGGCCCAGCUGUGGGUGCACCUGCGCGCCGCCCGCGAGCCCGCCACCGUCUUCCUGCAGAUCUCGCGCCUGAAGCCGCCCGCCGAGGGCGCGCGGCACGUGCACAUCCGCUCGCUGAAGAUCGACGUGGGCGCGGACGCGAGCUCCUGGCAGAGCAUCGACGUGAAGCAGGUGCUGCAGGUGUGGCUGCGGCAGCCGGAGACCAACUGGGGCAUCGAGAUCAACGCGCUGGACGGCGGACGCAACGACCUGGCGGUCACCUCCCCGGGGGAGGGCGAGGAGGGACUGCAACCGUUCAUGGAGGUGAAGAUGUCCGAGGGCCCCAAGCGUCUGCGGAGGGACUCGGGCCUGGACUGUGACGAGAACUCGUCCGAGUCGCGCUGCUGCCGCUACCCGCUCACCGUGGACUUUGAGGACUUUGGCUGGGACUGGAUUAUCGCCCCCAAGCGCUACAAAGCCAACUACUGCUCCGGGGAAUGCGAGUACAUGCACCUGCAGAAGUACCCGCACACGCACCUGGUGAACAAGGCCAACCCCCGGGGCACGGCAGGACCCUGCUGCACCCCCACCAAGAUGUCCUCCAUCAACAUGCUCUACUUCAACAGGAAGGAGCAGAUCACCUACGGCAAGAUCCCCUCCAUGGUGGUGGACCGCUGCGGCUGCUUGUGAGCGCUUUGGGGGGUGGGGGCGGGUGGGGGCGUGGUACUGAGAUCAGGGAGGCACAAGGGGUUGGGAGGAGGGCGGCGGACCGGUGAGCUUCCGGAGGAAAAGUCCAUGAGUCGGCAAUCGACGCUUUUCACUCCGAAUGCUGUGCAAUAGAGGGAGCGGCAGAAAGAGCCAUUUUAACCAAGAGCAGGGGGGGCGUGGGGGUGGGGGGGGUCUUUCCGGGUCCAGGAGCAGGGAGGCAGCAGGGAAAGGUACAGCACAUGUUUGAACGAGCUUUUACUCUGUUCGAGGACGGACGGACACACACACACACACACACACACACACACACACACACUUGGUCCACAGAAGCAGCCUGGAUGUCCCACGUGGAACCGGCAGAACCGAGCGCACGAGAAACAUUUCAGAGCGACAGCGAGCUCAUGUGGGGGCGGGGGGGGGGGGUCUGGCCCAGGAGCUCCGCAGCGUCAGACUUCGUGACCAUUAAUGUUAUGCAUACGGUAAAUCACAGUACAGUUACUGCACCGCAUCCGCAUUCCUGCAAAUACAGCUUCACCUGUACAUCAAUCACCAGCUACGUGCCACGUGCGGGAGGCGAGGGGUCGCGAACGGCGCACCUGACCGAGGCACUACGAGCGCGGCACGGCACGGACACGUGGCACAGACGCACGGCACAGACGCACGGCAAAGCGCCGCGUGCGGAAACGGAGCUCCGGCUCUGCCUGUCCAGCAAUAGCGUUUGCACUACGGUCGACCAAUGGGAAGAAUUGGUUGCUGCAGAAGUUGUAUAAACUGAUGUUUGUUUGUUUGCUCAUUCAUAUUGUGUACAUGCCGUUGUUCCCAUUAUCCUUUUUUAUUACAACACCGCUGGUGACGUGCGACUCCACAAACCAGCAACAAAUAUGUGUACAAUAAGAACCAUAUAUAACUGACUCUUAUAUCUAUAUCACACAAAUAAAGGUGCUUGCUUU